AUGGGGGGUCCUAAGUGGGAGCACGAUCGGCCCUAUGUCCCUAAGGGGACUCUGGAAACUGAUUUCCCCACACCUCUCUAUAGCGAUGAGUACCUCAGUCUUCCGGGCCCUAAAUGGGUACCCAUCAUCAAGCAGAGUGUCCGAUGGAAAUUCACUCCCAUGGGACACGAUGCCAUAGGACAGUGGUGGCACACAGGCUUGACCGAUAACUACAACCCAAAUGUCUGGUACCAUCUAACUGAUCCUAUCAGCCGCCCAGCCUACAGCCGAUGGCAACAAUCCUACAACCUGCGGGAGCGGACCUUCGCCCCUGCCUAUACCCAGCAUCUUCGAGAAAGCUACUGGUAUGAUCCUAUAGUCCCUGCCCAGUACAUGGAGCCCAGUACCCGCUGGGGGAACCUUCUAUGGCAGGACAAGCUCAUCCCGGGCAAGGAGUUUGUUGUUAACCGGAAUCGCUUUGGGACUCCAGCUGGCAAAGGCUCCAACUAUGUCCCCUUUCUGUCUGUGCCCAAUCGGCCACGUUAUACCACCCAGAACUUCCGACUAUGGAACCUAGAGCCCUACUGCCCAUCCACCAACCAACGGCCCCCACCUGUUCACAGACCCAAACACUAA